UUUAAGGCUGGAUUUCCGAGUGGGUGUGUACGGAGACUGUAGGAAGAGGAGGUCAAAUGCAUUUGCUAGAGUUUGAAAAACGUGUGGCUGUCCAGGAAAGAGACCGUUUACAGGUAGACAGUUGUGUUGGAGAUUACAGUAACAUUAGACGAUACAAUUUACAGUGCCGUCAUUAGAGUUUCGAUUCAGAAAGAAGUGCGGCGGUGUUGGGUGUGGUUGUGUGUCGUAGGCUGCUAGCUAGUAAGCAAUUGACAGAUAACGUUAGCUAGCUAAAGCUAACGGUAACGUUACAUGACGCGUGCUCGUAAACACCUCGCUAACUAACGUUACAACCGGAGUAAAAUUAUCAUCUUUAUAAAGGUAAUGCAUGUUGCAUCUCCGCAGACCAUCAGCUUUAGCCACGGAGUUCGUUAGCUAAGGUUAGCUACUGCACUUUGUUGACAUUUAUUUUGUCUUUGAGAACUUGCGUUACGGUCACAGCUGUCAUGUUUCACUCCGUUCCCCGUCGUCCGAUCUGCGAGAUCGGUGUAAAUACAAUGAGGCUUCAAAGCAGUGGGUCAUUCAAGCGGACUGUCGAGGAGGGCAAAGGAAAGCUUGAGAGGGUCCCGUUACUGGGCAGGAGCAUGGGCCUGCUGUUGUCCUGGCUUCAGAGGGCAGGUGUCGGUGCCAGUGAGGCCGCGGGAUCUGGCCGAAAGAGGAAGGGCUUGCUCUCCAUAUUUGCGGACCACUGCAGCUUUGUGACCGGACAGAGACUCCGGCGUGCUUGCCAGAUCGGCGAGCUUUACUCCAACCUGUACUCCGAGCGGACCAGGUGGACCCUGGUCGGUAACAUAUGGCGUAGAUUUCAGAGCAAGCAUGCCCCCAAUGGGAAACUUGUCGCGGCCCUGGCUGGUAUAUUCAUGUGGGAGAAUGAGAAGAUUCACGAUGAGGAAAUUCACAGGUGUGGACUUGAACUACAGGCGCUGGGUGCUGUAAAAUGUCUAAACGCCGCUUCAGGGACAGUGGCUGGGCACCUUGAACUUGGCUGGGAAGUUGUGAUGGAGAAAGAAGGCUUCAGAGUGUGGAAGAGACCUAUACCCAACAGUCACCUCUAUGAAUACAGAGUGUUGGGCUCCUACAACGAUGUCACCCCAAGGCAGUUCUUCAAUGUUCAGUUGGAUACGGAGUACAGAAAGAAGUGGGAUGCGCUGGUAAUCAAGCUUGAGGUGGUGGACCGAGAUGUCGGUACAGGCUCUGAAGUUGUGCAUUGGGCUACACACUUUCCUUAUCCCUUGUACUCAAGGGACUAUGUAUAUGUGCGCCGCUAUGAUGUUGACGUAGAAAACAACCUGAUGGUCCUGGUUUCCAGAGCCGUGGAGCAUCCCAGAGUCCCAGAGACUAAUCAAUUUGUGAGAGUCCAUUCGUACCAGUCAAAAAUGGUCAUCCGCCCUCACAAGUCCUUUGAUGAGAAUGGAUUUGAUUACCUGCUGACCUAUAGCGACGACCCUCAGACUGUCUUUCCCCGUUACUGUGUGAACUGGAUGGUUUCGAGUGGUAUGCCUGAUUUUCUGGAGAAGCUGCAUGCGGCUGCCUUGAGGGCCAAGAACUUGGAAGUGGGUAUCUUUGACUACACCGCUGUCAUUAAAUCCAGCAACACCAACCGCCAGCCAAGCCAGGAGCGCCUCAGUGAAGAAAAGCCACACACAGGUGGUCCUGGACCGAUCUACGCUUGAGAUGGACAUUUGGACCAGGAGUUAUGUUGGUGUGUUUUCACUCUCACUUGAACCUCAAUCAAACCCUCCAGCACUAACUUUCUGGGUAGAUUGCAUGAACUGCAAAUGGAAGUUGCAACCUACAUUAAAGACUAAUAUACAGUAUGUCCAUCUGUAGAUAUGGUUAUAUUGGUUGUCGAUAAGAUGUCACAACAACAAUGGACUGUAUUGUUGACAGCAUUUCUGUCCUUUGGAAAAGGAAAAGAAACACCGCCAUAGAAAUUUUCAUCUAGACUGCCGGCAUUGGCACUAUAUUUGCUUAGCUGCCAAUACGCCGUGGCAUUUUUUAUUUUUUUUGGUUUGACUCCUUUGGUGUAAUGUUUGUCUUAGAACUGUUGGUAAGAUUGAGCCAAAAAAAAAUGUACCCCCCUGUUUUAACAUUCUAUUGUUUGACAAGAUUUGACUUUAAAGGUUGUGCAGACUGCACUGCAUGCAGCCAAAUUACUGUAUUAGUGUCUGGUGUGAUUUCAGUGAGAUGUUGUGGAAAUGGUUGUGCAGUAUUGGACAGAACGGUGACUGACUUCUGAUGGACAUUAUCACUGAAACUUAAACUAUGGCCAAGAUUUCUGGACUGACUAUGAAGAAUAGAGGCCUCUGCCGGGAAUACUUGCCACCAUGUUUCAUGGCUUUAAAGCAACUGGUUUCCUGUUUUCUUGCAGCAUGAGUGAUCUUCACAAGACUGGAUUGGAUGGAUUAAAGAAUUUAAAUAAUGAUUAUUUAUUAUUAUUAUUAUGCACCCACCGAUGAUUAUUGGGACAUUUUUCCAUGGAAUUAGGUCUUUGUGUUUUGGGUAUGGCAUUGUUUUGCUGUCAGCACAGUUGAGGUUUCACGUUGUUCAUCUCACCGUGUCUGUUUGAAACUGCCAGCAUUGACAAAACUGCCUUCUGAAGAUAAACCAGUCCUUCAGCGUUAGGGGCAUAGUGUCUUAUAACAACCGCAUAAAUCCUCUCAUACAAUGGUACUGAUGUGGUACAGUUUAGUUUCCCUAGCAAGUAAACCCUACAAGACAUUUUAAUGAACAAAUUCCCCUUUUUAAGAGAUCUUUGGAGCACUUACUUUUGCCACAUUAUUUAACAUGUUUUUCCCGCAUUCUGCAGGUUUUGAUAUUAAUGGGAGUCUUACUCACACUCCAUAUAAUUAAUCCUUUCAAAUCAUCCUUGUUGCUUUUGUAGUGAACCGUUUGCAGGGGUUGUUAUGACUGUACAAAGAGUCACAUUUAGUGGAAUAAAACCUUACCUAAUAAUAAAGUACACUGUUUACAGCCUAACAAUCUGGCACAGAUAUCUUGAAAUUCAAUUGUUUAAAAACCUCUCCUUGUACUAAAAUGUAAUGCAAUUUGUUCUACAUCAGAUUGACUCAGCUGCAGUACCUCAAGAUAAAGCAGUACAGUGGUGUUUUUGUCAAGGAGGUCCCACCUGUAUGAGUGUCAAAUAUUAACAUAUCCCCAGUGUGUCACCAUGUAUAAUUCUAUUCUGUAGUGAAGUAUUUCCAGCUAUUGGAUUAAUGGAACAAAGUGUAAGAUGUGGCAAACGGAUGUUUUUAAAGUGUUUUUUUUUUUAUUAUUUUUUUUUUCUCUCUCUUGUGAUUGGACAAAACAGACUUUUUAAAGAGCUCUCAAUUAAACAUGCAAAGUUUGCUAAUGUUCUGUUUGCGAAUGUAACUGUUGAUGCUCUGUCAUUUGUAGACACCUGCGUGCCACCUGCGGUAGUCAAAGUUUUCAUACAGUUUUUUAUUUUUUUUUCCUGCAGGCAGUAACAUUUGUUAUUGGUUAACACACGAGAAUUACUUUAGGAACAGAGAAAUGAUUGUGUGAAUAUAAGCUUGUGCAUCCUGUGAUUUCAAGAUUUGUUUGAAAUCGAAGAUCGACUCAUCAGAUCAAAUAAAUAUCCUCAUGUGUA